CGCGUGCCCAGUGCGCUUAUGACCGUGAACGAAUACACAAAAUCACAUCCUAUGUAGCUAAUUGAUGGUGUUUCCAACUCAGACAGUAAUUAUGUGCCUCUUUAGCCAUUACAGUUUAUUAUUAUUAUUAUUUCUAUGAGAUGACAGGUGCUCAUGUUCAUAGUGUCUCAUUAGAAAUGGAUGUUUGUCCCUCUCAGAGUUAUUUCUAUAACUGUUUUACAGUCUGAAUCUAUAUGAUUCCCUAACUUUGUUCCACAACUCUUGCAAAAUUAACGUCUCCUAUAAAGUGACAGGUCAGUAGUCAAGUGCUUGCCAUAACACGAGUAUGAAUAAUUGAUUUUUUAUAAAUAAGUUGAGGUGUAUAUGAAGAUCAGCUGAAAGCAAUUUAGUUUUCAUCAGUGGUGUUUUUCCUGACCUUUAUUCAUUGCGCCUAAAUACUGUCAGGUUUUAACGUGAGGAGAUUAUGGUGAUGCUCUUGAGCUCACUGAGGUCAUUUAUAAAUUAUGUCAUCACAUCCCUAGCCUGGGUGCUCUGGAGCUGUAUGUACCACAUCCCCUUGAAAGUUCAACAUGGCCUCCUGUAAUCCUCUUCUAUCCUUAAUCUGCGCUGUCCCGCUGCAUGGGCGACCUCCCGUGGUCAGUAGAGGUAAAGAGAAAAGUGUCAACUUGCAUCCAUUUUUGUAAUUCCAAACACUUGUAGCAAAUGGGGGAAACGCUUGAGGACUUCAAGCACUAACAACUGUAGCUAUGUGUGGUAAAUUAUGUGUCCUUUAUUUAGCUGAAUAUGAUUUUCAUUUUGAAAUCCCUUCCUUUUUGUUUUGUUGCAGUGUGAAUUGGGGAUUGCAAAUUGAUUCUUCAAUGUAAAAGCCUGCCCUUGGAUAUAUGGCUACCCCUUCAUGGGUGUUUUGUUGGAAAAUGCCAAUCUUUGCUCAAUUGCAGAACAAACUUCCCUCCACUUUACAGCCCUCCCUCCAGUUUGUCCAUGGAAGACCACAUUUAAAAAGUAACCCCACCUGAAACUUCACAAAGCCCAAUCAGCUAUAGAAAUGUCAGAGCAGACGGCACACCCUCUUUUGUUCAAAACCAAUCAGAGUGGAAGUGUGGCAUUUUGCCUGAGGGGAAAACUUACCCCUGGAUGCGUUAAUUACGCAUCACUUAGCUGUUGCCAAUGUGUUCACAACGGAGGAUCCUCUUUUGGGUUUUUUACAACGACUGUCUUCAUUCUUUGGUCAAUCUAGUAUGGAAAGUAGACAACAAUGGCUUACCAGGCUGAAAAAUGAACUUAGUAACAGUCCUCUGGUAUCAAAUGUGGCUUUUGGCUUUAUCCUCAUGGGACUAGAGAAGCUGGUGGAGCUGGAGUUUGAGUGUCCUUGCAGUCCUAAAUGGAACGGAUUGUUUUCAUCAGCAUUCUUCAUCAUUCCUGCCGUCAUGGCCUUCACUUUGAUGCUGAUCAUUCAAGGAUGCAGAUGUGAUAUGUGGUGCAGGAAAACUGUGUCCCUCUCCAGUUUUGUUCCCGCUAUCGUGUGGCUGAUUUUAUUGUUCCUCGAUGGCCAAUACUUUGCUUGUGCUAUGACAGACUGGGAGGGUAGAUUUGUACUAGUUGACAAGGCAGCUCCACAGAAAUGGUGUGAGCCAAUUAGAGAGGGAGAUGUCACCACACAAGAACUAAUGCUCCGCUCACAACAGCUGUUUGUGUUUUCUCAGGUUAUAGGCAUAGUCCUCCUCAUUUUCAUCUGUAUGGGUCUCAUAGUGUAUGUAAUCAGAGAAAGCUGCCAACAAGAUGUGGAGAUGCAGGAUGCAAAUGUAGCUGAGCUCACUGUGCUCAGGAUGAGCUCUCUAAGGACCCGGACAUCUUGAGGGGACACACACCGCCCACCACACCUGCCCUGCUGGCACAGAUACUUGUAAAUACUUGGAACAGACAUUUACUAUAAGUUUUUGUAACUGCUGUACCAUUUGAGUAUUUUCCUCAUGGAAGCGGGAUAUACAGUGCCUUUGAAUAGCCACUGAUGCUGCCAAAUGAAGCCUC